ACAGAUGCAUCAUAAGCCAAAUUGUGAGCCAUGAUAGUGGCACUGAAUUUCUAAAUACAAGAAAUUGCUUAGACAGUUGGUUUAGUAUCUGUAUAUGGGCAAUACUCUGUCCUGCAGUAGGCAGCAUGUCAGCUGAUACCCCAAUCACAUUGAAUAUCGAUCCUCAGGAUCUGCAGGUCCAAACAUUCACCGUAGAGAAGCUACUGGAGCCUCUCAUAAUCCAGGUUACCACACUUGUAAACUGUCCCCAGAACCCUUCCAGCAGGAAAAAAGGACGUUCGAAAAGAGCCAGUGUCCUUCUAGCUUCUGUGGAGGAAGCAACUUGGAAUUUAUUAGACAAGGGAGAGAAGAUUGCCCAGGAAGCUACAGUUUUAAAGGAUGAGCUUACGGCUUCACUUGAGGAAGUUCGCAAAGAAAGUGAAGCUCUGAAAGUAUCAGCUGAGAGAUUUACAGAUGACCCCUGUUUUCUCCCAAAAAGGGAGGCUGUGGUUCAAGCUGCCCGUGCCUUGCUGGCUGCAGUGACAAGACUCCUUAUCCUUGCGGACAUGAUUGAUGUCGUGUGCCUCUUGCAACAUGUGUCAGCUUUUCAAAGGACAUUUGAGUCUCUCAAAAAUGUUGCCAACAAAUCUGACCUCCAGAAAACCUACCAGAAGCUUGGGAAGGAGCUGGAAAAUUUGGAUUAUUUAGCCUUCAAACGUCAGCAGGACUUAAAAUCUCCAAAUCAGAGGGAUGAAAUUGCAGGAGCCCGAGCCUCACUGAAGGAGAACUCUCCCCUCUUGCAUUCAAUUUGUUCAGCUUGUUUGGAGCAUUCUGAUGUUGCUUCCCUCAAAGCAAGCAAGGACACAGUUUGUGAAGAAAUUCAGAAUGCUCUCAAUGUAAUUUCAAAUGCUUCGCAAGGGAUCCAGAAUAUGACAACCCCACCAGAACCUCAGGCAGCAACCCUGGGAAGUGCCCUUGAUGAGCUGGAGAAUUUAAUUGUCCUGAAUCCACUCACAGUGACUGAGGAGGAAAUAAGACCAUCACUAGAGAAACGCCUUGAAGCCAUUAUCAGUGGGGCUGCUCUGCUGGCGGAUUCUUCAUGCACGAGGGACUUCCACCGAGAGCGGAUUAUCGCAGAAUGCAACGCCAUUCGCCAGGCUCUUCAGGAUCUGCUUUCAGAGUACAUGAACAAUGCUGGAAAAAAAGAAAGGAGUAAUACCCUGAAUAUUGCUUUAGACAACAUGUGUAAGAAGACAAGAGACCUUCGCAGACAGCUCCGCAAGGCUAUUAUAGAUCAUGUGUCAGACUCUUUCUUGGAUACGACAGUCCCUCUUUUGGUUCUCAUUGAAGCUGCUAAGAAUGGCCGGGAAAAGGAAAUAAAAGAAUAUGCUGCGAUAUUUCAUGAACACACCAGCAGGCUUGUAGAGGUGGCAAAUCUUGCUUGUUCCAUGUCAACAAAUGAAGAUGGAAUUAAAAUUGUCAAAAUUGCAGCCAAUCAUUUGGAAACCUUGUGUCCACAGAUUAUUAAUGCUGCACUUGCUUUGGCUGCAAGACCCAAAAGUCAGGUGGUCAAAAACACCAUGGAAAUGUACAAGCGUACGUGGGAGAAUCAUAUACAUGUCCUCACUGAAGCCGUAGAUGACAUUACAAGCAUUGAUGACUUCCUUGCUGUAUCUGAAAGCCAUAUCUUGGAAGAUGUCAACAAGUGUAUCAUAGCCUUAAGAGACCAGGAUGCUGAUAAUUUAGACCGUGCUGCGGGUGCUAUCAGAGGCCGGGCAGCAAGAGUUGCUCACAUCGUCACGGGUGAAAUGGACAGUUACGAGCCAGGGGCUUACACGGAAGGUGUAAUGAGAAAUGUUAACUUCCUUACAAGUACUGUAAUUCCUGAAUUUGUAACACAAGUGAAUGUUGCCCUGGAAGCCUUAAGCAAAAACUCAUUGAAUGUGUUGGAUGAUAAUCAAUUUGUGGACAUCUCAAAGAAGAUCUAUGAUACAAUUCAUGAUAUCAGAUGUUCAGUCAUGAUGAUUCGGACCCCAGAGGAACUGGAGGAUGUUUCUGACCUCGAAGAGGAACACGAGGUCCGCAGUCACACCAGCAUUCAGACCGAAGGGAAAACUGAUAGGGCUAAGAUGACUCAACUGCCUGAGGCAGAAAAAGAAAAGAUUGCUGAGCAAGUUGCUGAUUUCAAGAAAGUAAAGAGUAAGCUGGAUGCUGAGAUUGAGAUAUGGGAUGAUACAAGCAACGACAUCAUUGUUCUGGCCAAGAACAUGUGUAUGAUCAUGAUGGAGAUGACAGACUUCACCAGGGGCAAAGGACCAUUAAAGCAUACAACUGAUGUGAUCUAUGCAGCGAAAAUGAUAUCAGAAUCAGGAUCAAGGAUGGAUGUCCUUGCUCGGCAGAUUGCUAAUCAGUGCCCAGAUCCAUCUUGCAAACAGGACUUGUUGGCCUACCUGGAACAGAUUAAGUUCUACUCCCACCAACUGAAAAUAUGCAGUCAAGUUAAAGCUGAGAUCCAGAACCUGGGAGGAGAGCUCAUCAUGUCAGCUUUGGACAGUGUCACCUCCCUGAUCCAAGCAGCCAAAAAUUUAAUGAAUGCUGUAGUGCAAACAGUGAAAAUGUCUUACAUUGCCUCAACCAAGAUCAUCCGAAUCCAGAGUCCUGCUGGGCCCCGGCACCCAGUUGUGAUGUGGAGAAUGAAGGCUCCUGCAAAAAAACCCUUGAUUAAAAGAGAGAAGCCAGAGGAAACGUGUGCAGCUGUCAGACGAGGCUCAGCAAAGAAAAGAAUCCAUCCAUUGCAAGUCAUGAGUGAAUUUAGAGGAAGACAAAUCUACUGAAACCACUAUUCUAAAUAUAGUGCCUAUAUGACAAAAUCCUGGCUAACCACACUGCUUUAUUUUACACUUAAGAAGGUCUAUAAUUUCACUACGUUUUGGUGUUUAACUCACAAAUAACGUAAAAUAUUGGGUGCUAAAUCAACAUAAGCAAUAUAUAUUUGGGAUCACAUCAUUGUCAUUUCUGUAUGGUCAGCACCUAAUAGUUAAUGAAUAUUUGCUUGUUGAAUGAAUGAAAUUAUCAUGUGUCAUUCAGCCUUUCCCAUCAUAGAGAUUAUCUACUAUUCAUUACCAAAUAAACAGAGGACAUGCAAGAGAGUCCUGUUUAUCUGUAAUGCUUCAAGUACACUUAUCAUCCUUAUCUUGAAUUAAAACACUAACAAGAGCUCCUAACUUGGUUUUUUAAUAGAAACAAAAGACUUUAAUAAAAUAUUUUCCCAUUUAAUCUCCAUGCUUUCUUUAUCUGAUCUAAUCUGGCACCUAACCUGGCAGAAAUGUAUGAUUCCUGCCAUAGCAAAAAACCACCUUUUAAUCUUUAGAUAGCUGUACUCAUUGUCAACUUAUUAGGCUAAUAUCCAUUAUAAACUAAUCAAAUUUGAAUAGUCAGGCUACUUGCUGGAUUUUGAAGGUCAACCUUGGUUAUUAAUGAAAUGCUUUCUUAACAUUGUAAAGGUUACCAUGAGUACUGAUGCCACAUAUGCACAUUUUGGGUUUCCAAUGUGUUAGAGAGUUCUGUACUUUUGAGUGUUAGGCCUAUCUGAAUACAUAUGUGAAAGAAGAGUUAUCACCCAAUGGGAAAAUGAGACACCAAACUAUAUCCCAAAGUGAGUUAUAUUAAUAAUAACAGAAGUGUAAGUUCUGUAUGACCCUAUUUUUACAAACAUAAAAAUACAUUUUUAUCAGCUUGCAAUUGUAAUUAAAAGGAAAAUGCCAGUUUGAAAAACCAUUUGGUAUUGAGUAAAAUAUAACUACAUGAAUUGUACCAUUGAACUAUGAAGCAGUUAAUGGCAAUGAAGCUGGAGUGAUUUUAAUAACAUUCUUUUAAAUAAAAGUCACUGGGGUCGUUUUAUAACUCCAGUCACUGUGUUCAUUCCUAGUUGAGUUCAUAAUGGACUUCAUAAUAGUCUUAGAGUCUAGUGUACCUCUCUCUCUCUCAUUCUCUCUCUCUUUUUCUCUCCCCCGACGACCUGCCUCUCUCUGUCUUUCAUAAAAUGUCCUUAACAGAAACUCUUUCGAGGCCGUAAGUUUUGUUUUCAUUUUUUUCUCAUACAUAGAAUUCUGAUUCACAGACUUUAAAAAACAUUUUCUAUUCUACAUUAUCAUAAUAAUAUUAUAUUGUAACUUUUUACUUGUAAAACAUUGCCAUUGAUGAGAGUUGUCUCAACAAUGAUGUAACCUUAGAUUGAUGAGAAAAAACUUUACACAUACAAUACCAGUUGAUAUUAGGAGAACCAGUCUGGGUAAAAGGAUGCAUGAAACAUAUGAAAGCAUAAAGACUGACAGUAUGAUAUGUGUGAAAUCUUAAGCAUAAAGGUAUGGGAAAAGAAGGAUCUAUUUAAUAGGUUAUUAUUAAUUAUGCAGGAAAUGCUAAAUUUCUUGUAAUGAAUUAUUUCAAUCUUCCAAGUAGCUGGAUUGCCUGAGCUCAGUGUAAAACUUCCUAGGACGUGAAGGCAAUAAACUCCUCCCUGUUUUGCACCAUAGACUGGCCUACAAUAACUAUUCUGAACAGAAUGCACUGCCCAGAAGAAAAGGCAGUGAAGAAGGGAAUUAGGGAAUUCACAUGACUCUGUUUUUCAGAAUUAUCUAGAUGAUUGAGGCAAAUAGAGAUUUCCUUUUAUUGAAAUGCAGCCAUCAUUUUCUGCUCUAAGUGUAGAUGUUGCAAGAGUGACAUCUGUGGUACAUCCUUCUUCCAGAUAGAAAUAUAAAUUUAUAAUUUAGUGGGGAGAAAAAUUUUCUUUUAAUCACCAAACUACCAGCUGUACAGAAAACUUUUUUGAAAUCACCAAACUACCAGCUGUGUUUCUUAGCUCCUAAAGCCACAUUCACAAGAAUCAUAAGCAUCUCAUUUAGAAAAUCUAAUGUCCACUUGACCCAACAUCAUCUUUCCACGUGUUGGAGUUUAGAACAUGCAGUAUUGGACACCAAAAGAACAGAAAUAACUUGAAAUUAUACAAUUACCGAAUAACCUCCAUCUCUUUGAUAAAAAUGACUUUUUACCCAAAGUGAGAUGUGAACAAGGUCUCCUCUUUAACCCAGGCAGAUUUUCAGCUUAGCUCAAAGAAAACUAUAAUUAAACAAAACAAUAAAAAUUUUAACUCAGUGAAUAUCCUAGGAGUUAAUCUGCUGUAGUAAUCAAUGGUGACAUAAAAACAAGAUGCAUAGAGCUGAAAAAGGCAUCUGUCCACCUGAGUGAAUUCCUGUAGUAGGCGGCAUUUCAAGAUUUAGUUUGAUUCAAAACUGCUGAUAAAACAAAUGCUUAUAUACAAGAAAAACUAGCAGCAAGAUAUGAAUAAAUCUCUCCAUUAUGUAGUUAAAAACUAAUCAGCAUGACACAUUUAUAUUUAGGUAUUUCUUCUGCAGAGGAAUGCCAGAAAUUUCUUAAUGAGACUGAUAAUUUGGUGAUCCACCUAUGUACCUUUUGAUGUCUCAUCACAGAGAUUAGUGCUUCUUUUGAUAAUACAUUUGCUUGAUCCUGCUAAUAAGAACUCACCUUUCUUUUUAAUGAGAUCUAUUUGUGUUAAUUUACAUAGGGAAAAACAUUCCUUGAGAGGGAGGAGAGGGUGUUUACCACCCACAGGAGCAGUUCAUCCCUGGUUACCCACCAGUAUCCCUGCCAAAUGUUAGACUGGAAUUAGAAUGAAAAUUUAAAAAAAAUUAUGACAUAAUAAUCCACUAAAGGGCCUUCUAAUUAGAGAAAUUUGAAGAUUUUUAUCAAAUACAAAAAGUGAGAAAUAGAAAUCAUUCCCUUUAAUUUAUGACAAAUUAAAAUUAUUGGAGUAAAAUGUUUCUAAGUCAGUUUCUGGAUAGUUCUUGAAUGAGUCAAGAAAAAACUCAAACACUAAAUUUCUAAGCUAAUUUGUUCAUUGUUCCUUUCUGUUUAUUAUUUAUUAUAUGAGUGCAAAUUACAAAUGUAUUAGAAAAGACAAUAUAGUCUUCACAUUCACAAGUGUGCCUUCUGGCCUUUGAAAUCUUUUAACAUAAGAUCAAUAUAACAUAUUUGUUCCCCAUAAAAAUCUCUUAUGUACAGGGAAUAAGGGCCUCCAUAGCUACACAGAGACACCCAUUCUUGCAGUCUGGCAUUCUUGACACCUUUAGCUUCAAAGGCAGUCGAUUUUUAAUUUCAAGCUAAAAUUGUGAAUAUACAAUUAAGUGCACAACUUGGGCCUUCAGACCAAAUAAUUAAUGCUCCUCAAAUUAAAUAAUGAGUGGCUGAAAAGCCUAAUGUGUAACUACAGAGUAAGUGACUUCAACGGCUUCCUAAACCUUCACUUUGAGGGUGUUCUUCUCAUUUCACCCACCUCUGGGCUAGGUAUCCUCUGUUAAUUGCUAACAAUUUCCUACCAAAAUAGUGCAAUCAGGACUGCCCAUCACAGCAAAUUACUCCAAUUAAUGCCCUUUCCUCUUCUUCUGUGAACCAAAAAUAUCUCUCUCCUGUCUCUCAUCUCUAUCUCAGGUAUAAAUUGACUAAUAAAUUUUACAGAGUUUUAGUCAAAAUUAUGAAUUUUAAUUUCCAGCAACAUUAUUCCUUUAGUCUUUCUAUUCCCCAAAACAUUCUUAAAUUUUGGUAUCAAAUGUUCAUUUCUGUCCUAGAGAUUGUGGUUCCCACGACUACAGAUUUCUGUAUAGUGGCAGUACGAGUGGAAUAAGAUCUGAGACUUUUCCUGGGGAUAUCCACCAUUCUCUUGUGAACUCACUGCAGAAUAGACAGCCUCUUUCAGUUUCACUGUAAGUAGUUCUUUAGGUUGGCAAAGCAGGCACCAGAAUCUGAAUUUGAAUGAAAUCUGUACUUUCUUUUGUUGGCCUAUUUUCUGCCAAGACAGCCUGCCUAUUGUAUAUUUAGGAAUCAAAUAUUCAUUUUUUCUGUUUGUAAAGUCAGAAAUAUUUCAGUUAAAAAUAACAUAAUUUUAUAUUAUUUUAAUAAUUCUUUUUAAGUAAAGUAGGAAAUUUUCUGCCACCUGAGAUGUUACUGUUUUUUGUUUAUAUGAAAAUUCCCUUUCUUUCUUUAUGACUCUUUUCCCAUACUAUUAUGAUAUGUUCAGCGUUAGUAUUUUCCAUUUUACCGCUAAACAAAUAAGCCAGGACUAAUAACAAUAGCAGUUUGAGAGUUUUUAUUUUGGCAUUUUGGUUUUAAUUAGGAAAGAAAACAUGGAUGCUAUUAAAACUAGUUGUAGUUAAAAAUGUUUUGAAUGAGGCUACUAACACUAUCUUAGACAUCUCAAAGAGAAAGCAAGAGAAGUAAAAUUUUAAAUACCUUUUUGACAUUUUUAACCAAUUCACAUGAACAAGAACAUAUAUUCUAUUAAAGCAAAAUAAAGAAUAGUUUAAAACACUAGUCAACUUGCAUGUGAAUAUCUCCCCCCUAACAGACAAGAUAGAAUCCAUUUCUGGGCACUCUAAAAGAAAAUAAUGUUAAUUGAGAGAACUAUCUCCAAAUGGAGCUCAAUCUGACCAGAAUCCCAUCUGCAGGCAAUAGAUGGGCUGUGGGGCCCACCUUAAGUUUUAUUCUGAGAUGAGAUGCUUCAUGGCUGCUGGCUGCAUUAUGGCAUCUAGCAGUCCCCACUGGUUUGUGGGAACAAAACACAUGGAUUGAUAUUCAAUAUGAGUUUGGUAAGUUGGAGAAAAAUGGAGACAAUACAGAGUAGUCUAAAAGGACAACAAAUAAGAAGGUGCCAGAGGUAGGGAAGGGUCUGAGAGGGGUAGUUGCAGGAGCAUUUAGCUUUCAUAGAGGAGGGGAGAGUUUUUGGUUCUAUGAAGAUUAGGCAGCCCUCCUGAGGAAAAUAUUAAGGAUAGACUGAGACACUUGUCUUGGUGGUUUGGUGAAGUCGUGUCAAAGGCAAAAGGAUGAACUACACAUAUUUUGAGCAUGAUUUAGUAAUAUUGUUUGUAAGUUGAGAAACAGAAAUUCAGCCAUUCUCCUGACUGAUGAUAGGUGAAAUUCUUCCCAAUAUUAGAGCCAAUCUGGGUAACCAUACAUUCAUAUAUUUAACAGCUAUUUGUUAAACAACUAUGAUGUUCCAGGCACUGCUCUAGGUUCUUAGGAUACACCAUAUAACAAAACAAAUAGUGAUCCUUGCCCUCACGUGCCAGCUCUGUGUUAAAUGCUAACUAUUAUCUUAUUCAAUCUUCCAAAUAACCCUAUAGGAUAUAUAUCAUUCCAUAGACAAGGAAGCUGAGGGUUAAACAGGACAAGAAUCUUGCUCAAAGUCUCACUGGCUUUAAAAUAUUAAUAUAUAUUUUAUGUCAUUCAAGACAGAUAUAUAAUUAGCUGAAUAUUCUCACCUCUAUUAACCGAAUGUAGAGUGUUAGGUACAAGGGAAGUAAGUUAUUUACGUGAUCUGAAGUAAGAGGACAACCUUUGCCAAAUUACUUUUAUUACCAUGGAGAAGAAAGCUUCCAUGAAAAUCACUGUUUCAGCCCAUCUUCAGUAUUGGUUGGUUAAUACCAUUUGUUGACACCACUCUUUUCCUUUUACUGCUAACGUAUGACUGUGUUUAAAAUUAUAGAUUGCAGCAGAGUGUUGGCCAAGGAUUAUUGUAGUAGGAUAAAGUUUCCCUGUAUUUGAAAUUUACCCAAACUGUAGCAAAUACAUCUUUCCUUCUUUAUGGAGGUCACACGUGUGCAUAGUAUGUGCCUGAAUACAGGUAAACUUCAUCUUUUAAAAUUACAUGGCCUUUUUUAGAGUCGACUGAAGGCUAGACUCUUCUUGCCCAUGUUGCUGGAUAGGCUUUCAAGUCUCAGGCCUUGGAGAGUUAAAUGACUUUCUGAUAUUUCUUAUGGUGGAGCCACAUAAGAAAUACACACAUUCCUACUUUGAGCAAUGGAAUGUGUAUAUUGGGGAUCUUCACUUUUAUGUAUCUGGUAGUCAUGAUGGUGCCUAUUCCCAACUGUAGGAAAGGAAAGCCCUCAAGAAGAAAAGUCCCUUUCAAAAAGGCUCAGAUUUCUAACAAUUAUGUCUAAAUGUGUCUUCCAUUAAAAACAUCUACAAAAGCUACUUAAUAUUAGCAGAGUAGUUCCUGUGUUUUCAUUUCAAAUGAAAUAUUUCCAGUUCUAAAGUUUAUUUCCUUGGCAUUUUCAAAAAGGAUGGUUAUUUUUAGUACUGGUUAUUUGGUGUUGGAGGUCUGUGACACUUCUUUAAACAUUUAAAGCCCCCUUUGAAUAGUUGUAUCAGUAGUUCAAAAGCCUGUAGAUAUCUUGUUUUUCUAUUCUGACAGCCCAGCUUCUGCAGACUCAGGCCAACUUUAGGUAUGUCACAUCAGUUUCCCAUCUCUGUAAACUACCUGAACCUCUCUGUGGUAUUCACUGAGAGUUGAGCUUCUACUAAGGGAUUUCCUUGACCUGGGCUUUUAACACCAGAUUUGUAGUGGAGUGUUUAUUAAUAAAGCAAAGGAGUAAGUCAGAGAUGCUAACCCUGCUCUCUGUUAAACAGAACUUUCCUCCUUCCUGAAUAUUUAAACAUAAAAUUAAUUUUAAACUACUAUAAAAAUCACGUACCAUUGCUUGCCAAAUCUUAUACCAUUAUAAUGCUGUAUUUUUACAUGUUACUAUACAUUGUGUCCACAGGGAUAUAAAUAUGAGAAUUUCAGCAACUGUCUUGCAGGGUUAAGAUGUGCUAUUUGUUGAUUUUGCAAAUUUUUCUCAUGUGGUGCAGUCCUUCCAAAGAAAAUUACCUUAGACCUAAAUGAUAGCAUAAUAGUUUCUCCUCCAUAUCCGUGACUAACAAGUCCCUGAAAACAGAAGUAGACAUAUGUUAUGCCCAAUUCAGUACCUAAUAAUUGAGGCUUAAAACAAAUUUUUCUUGGGCAAGUUGGGUGAUUAAAUAUGAAUUAAAACUUCCAGAGAAAGAUUUCCAGAUGCUCCUGUUUUCCAUUUUGAUUAUGGCUUUAGUUUCAUAGCAACUUGGGGGAAAAAAAUCAUUUACUUUAUGUGCUAUUACAAGCAACAACUUUGACAGCUUAAAUGUAGUGACCUCUCUGAAGGUAAUAUGCACAUUAUAAUUUAGGAUGAAAGCAGAUUUAAACUAAGACUUUCUCAGAUGAAAUAAAAGUAACCAAUUCAUAAUAGCCAUGUUUAUUGCAGCAAUAUCUUGGAAACUUAACUUUAGUGGCGUUUGAGGUGCUUCUGACCAUCUUGCUUGUUCAUUUCACCCUGCUCUGCAGAGACAGAAUAUGGUUGAAUGAACUGCCCAUUAUAUUAAUGACCAGUUCAAAGCAGUUUUGUGCUUUGGCUAUAGAUAAAAUUUGGUAAAAACACUGUAAGCCUUUCUGGUCCAUAUUUAUCCUUAAAGUAUUUUUGCCAAUCAAUAAAAAUGAAAUAUUUAUCCAGAAAUAGAAAAAGCUCUUUCCUAUGACAUUGACAUAGAAGCCCAAAUACUCCUUGUUUGAGACCCUGCAUGUCUUUCGUGUUUAACUGAAUCAAUGAUUUUUUUUUAAUUGUGGUCUUAAUUGCAUUAUUUCACAUAUGUAACACUGGGUUUGUUUUGGUUAUAAAGUAUUAUUUUACUUUAUUCUAAUUUCAACUCAUGUCACUCUGUAGCGCAUUAAGCAUUUGUUCAACUGAAAAUUAAAACGUGUUAAAGCAAUAAAAGUGAAAAGAUUGGCUAUGCAUUUUA